GCAGCACACUGCAGCAGUGACAGCCUGGCGGCUCUGCCAGCCUGGACACUGCUGCUGCUGCCACUCUGCUCAGGAGAGAGAAGAGGGGGGAGAGAGGAGUCCAGGCCCAAAUACAGUUAUGGGGGCCGGGGCUAGGCAGGGCCCCCCUUUGGUAUAAAUACGCUGGCCAUCUGGAGGUUCGGUUUUGGUGGUUGUGGUUUGGGACCACUGACCACUGUUGCUGUUGCUGCUGUGCUCAGGGGAGCCUCCUCUGCAUCUUCUUCAUCCUGGUCUUCAUCUUUCUUCUGGAGCACAGAGAUGCCUCGUGUGGAUGCAGACCUCAAACUGGACUUCAAAGAUGUGCUGUUCAGACCCAAGAGGAGCAGCCUCAAGAGUCGCUCAGAGGUGGACCUCACAAGGACCUACACAUUCCGUAACUCAAAACAGACGUACACUGGAAUCCCCAUCAUCGCCGCUAAUAUGGACACAACCGGGACUUUUGAAAUGGCUCAGGUUCUCAGUAAACACACACUCUUCACAGCUAUUCAUAAACACUACUCGGUUGAAGACUGGAAAAACUUUGCUGAAAAAAAUCCUGAAUGUAUUGAGCAUGUGGCAGCUAGCUCUGGCAGUGGAAAAGCAGACUUAGAAAAGCUUUGUGCCAUCCUGGAAGCUGUUCCCUCUAUCAAAUACAUCUGUCUGGAUGUGGCCAAUGGCUACUCUGAGUACUUUGUAGAGUUUGUGAAAAUCGUCAGAGAUAAGUUUCCCAAACACACCAUCAUGGCUGGUAACGUGGUGACAGGAGAAAUGGUGGAGGAGCUGAUCCUAACUGGGGCAGACAUUAUCAAAGUAGGAAUUGGACCAGGUUCGGUUUGCACAACAAGGAUAAAGACAGGAGUGGGCUACCCUCAGCUCAGUGCAGUCAUCGAGUGUGCAGACUCAGCUCACGGUCUCAAAGGACACAUCAUUUCUGAUGGAGGUUGCAGUUGUCCUGGAGAUGUAGCUAAAGCAUUUGGGGCAGGGGCAGACUUUGUGAUGAUGGGGGGAAUGCUGGCAGGACAUGACCAGUGCUCCGGGGAAGUCAUUGAGAAGGAUGGAAAGAAAUUCAAAAUGUUCUACGGCAUGAGCUCGGACACAGCCAUGAAGAAAUAUGUGGGAGGGGUCGCCGAAUACAGAGCGUCAGAGGGCAGAACAGUGCAGGUCCCGUACAAGGGCGACGUGGAAAACACCAUCCGGGACGUGUUGGGAGGCCUGCGCUCCACCUGCACAUAUGUGGGAGCAGCCAAACUCAAGGAGCUCAGCCGAAGGACCACUUUCAUCCGUGUCACGCAACAAUCCAGCCAAAUGUUCACCUAAUGGGUCCAGCAUGCCUUAUACAUGAACAUAUUAUGCAUUGUAAUGAUAUCAAAGUCUGAAUGUGGAGUUAAAAUAAGGUAUUUUAGGGCCAUUGGUCAAUCUCAGGAAAUUCACUGUCAGAAGUUGCCUGGUCUGCUUGUCUCUUGUCCCACUUUAUAAUUUAAUUUAAAGCUGAAAAAAAUGUCAGAGGGUUGGUCUAAAAAUUAUAGGAUGUUUUUGGUUAAAAAUAAGCCAUUAACAUAACCAUAAUCCAUGACAAAGAAAACACCUGAACUGUAUGUGGUAAAGUGACAGUGCUGCUAUCUGUUCAACUGCUGGAAAUAUGGAACUCAAUAUGCAAGAACCAGUGGACUUCAAAGUUUCACUGGAAAAAAUGUUGCAAUAAAUGCAUGCAGGAUCUGCUGCUAAUGUGAA